AUGGACCUCUCUACAGAAGCUACUUCGCCCAAAGGCACAGCACAUCAUGACACUCAUGCUACGCCACCAGAGUUCAUACAGAAAGCGCACUGGCGGUAUCAAAGCAUGAGGAGAGCAGACCUGGAGAGCGACCCUAAUGUCUUUGACUUAAGCAAGCGACAUAAUUUCACUGAAGAGCAGAAGGAUAUCUGGAGACCAGCCGGUAUCAUUCCUGCGUCACGAAUCCAAGCAGCAUGCGAAGCAUAUGCCGGGGGUCAGCCUCUGAGCGCCCAACAUCAUGAUGCGCCUAUAUUUGAACAUCGAGAUUUUCCUGGUUUGCAGGUCAUAUGCGGACUCCUACCACCGGAGGCGCAGGUUCUGUUUACAUCGUGCUUGAUGCAUCGCGAUCUAGCCGAUCCAGGCCACAAAAUCAAUCUUCAGACUGAGUAUGACAUCAAGUAUCCGCCAAAGCCAACAUCGGAAGCCGUGCGCUUUGACAGCAGCUUCUUCACACGAGAGAGAGCCUCUCCAGACGACUGUCUCAUACCACUCGUGCCCAACAAACUGAAGACUCUCAACAUGGAGCAAUUCCUGUACACCAAGCUUCGAUGGCUCACUUUGGGUGAACAGUAUGAUUGGCCGACACGAAGCUACGCAAAGCAUGCUACGCCAUUCCCGGAGGACUUGUCAAAACUGGUUACUGGGCUCUUUCCGCACAUCAAGCCCGAAUCCGGAGUUGUGCUGAUGUAUUCAGCCAAAGACUUUAUGCCAGUACAUAGGGACGUCAGUGAACAAUGUCAACGGGCACUGGCUAGCUUCAGUGUUGGUUGUGACGGUAUAUUCAUUAUGGCACGAGGCGAGGAUGACGGUGAAGGCGAUUCGGCUCCCCGGACGGUCGCGAUUCGUGUCAAGAGCGGUGACUGUGUUCAUCUUACUGGAGAGGCGAGAUGGGCAUGGCAUGCAAUGGCCAGAACGAUCCCAAGUACUUGUCCACCACACUUAGCGAACUGGCCUGUCGGAACGCCAAACGCGACAACAGCGGAAGAGAAGGCAUACAAGAAGUGGAGAGGCUAUAUGAGCACCAAGAGGAUCAAUGUCAGUUGCCGUCAGGUUUGGGAUUAG